UUGUGGCUACCAAGAUCAAGGCAACCCAUAUCAUGACGGACCUCUGACAAUACAAGAGCAGACCAUCUCAAGCUCUGGAGGCGGUUCCCCACUACAUGCGAAAGUGUUCUCUCCCCUGAUGAAGGGGAACUACUCACCCGUGUUCUUCGUGGGAGGUCUUAAUGGCUACGUCAUUGUAGAAGCAUAUCAGAUCGUCCAAAAGAAGAUCGCCUCCCAUGGUUUUGUCGUCAUUGGGGUCGACUACAAAUUCCCCGUCUUGAGAAAUUCAUCUCUUAAACAUGAGGAAGAACUUGGUCAGGACCUGAAUAAUUUUUUCGACGAAUUAACUUGGUUGAAAUCCCACCUGGAGAACUUAACUCAAGUAAAUAUUCUGUGGAACCAGACAUCUCUGAUGUGUCAUUCCUCCGGAUGUGACGUCACGAUUCGGAUGAUACGGAUGAACAGCUCCUUAUUUCAGGCUACAGUGUUUCUAGAGCCCAUGAGUUUUGAUGUUAAACCAAUCAACGUGACGCUCCCGGCCUUGAUGUACGGCACCCAGCUGGCGGAGGAAGGAUUGAUCACGUGCUGUAUACGGGGCUUUGAUUACCAAAAGUUCUUCGAAAUUUGGCAGUGCCCAAAGAUAAAAUUUGAAGUGGCGGAUUUUGGACACUGUGACAUCCUGGAUCCAGUCCCAUGGGAAGGCUGCCAUGUCAUCCACUUCUGCAAGACGACCGACGACUCGAGGCUGGAGGAGUAUCGCCAGUUUGUACAGGGGAUGGUGUCUGCUUUCCUCAUUGGCUACACACAGGACUGGACACCCGCUCUCAACUAUAUCGUAAACCGGACGAACGUUCCGUUGAAGUUAUUAGAUUUCGGCGUACAGCUGUCGUGUUGAUACUGCACUUACGCAGUGCUGGUGAUGACGAGUAUGUGAAGAUCUGGAAUUGGAGAAGAGACGCUUGCUCCGCCCAAACAGUUAUGUCCUGUCCCCUCAAGCAGGGAACCACACCGUCAGCGUGUAAUGCCAUGCUGGAGCAGAUCCUAGGUUCGAUGACGGAUAAAACAAUUAAUUCACACCACCAGCACACGGGGAAAGUGUUUUAACUGUUACAGUCUUGUAUUUCAUCACAGAUUACCUAUUAUUGUAACGCUGUUCAUUUUCAGGGUAAACGUAUGACUAUCACUUCUUGGCACGAAACCACGAAACCAUGUUCAAAGACUUCAGCCAAGCCCCAGACCCAGCCCACCCCCUACCCCCUAAAACAUUUUUAAACACCUCCACCCACCCCAAAUGAUAGAGGAAGGGACCGAAAUGUCUUUCUUAGGACGUUGAUUGUUUAAUUUGUUUAGGCAAUGGCAGGCAGUAAAAAAGUAUUUUUAGCAGUAUAAGCACGCAAAUAUUAUUGAUAAUAGUAAUAUUGUUAAUGGUUUUCAUCAACUUCCAAAAUUGCUGUUUACUUUUUUCACGACCCUGUCCUAGAAUGUCCGUUGACACGUGCCAGGCUUCUACGUCAUAUCAUGUUGACGUGUUGAUAAGAACAGAUAAUCAACAAGUCAGCAUGUUCCCAUGAUUCUCAAUGACAGUGCAAGUCUGCAAUAUGACAUAAAUGAUUCCUCCAAGUACAAAUGUAUCGACAACAACGUACUGACUUCAUGACGAGUUGCUCCCCGAUGAUUGCAUUGAUAUGGUUUGCAAUAAAUAAAGAAUAUUAUGUUUUUAUGAUAUGUAGUUCAUAGCAUGAGCCAUCUGUCGCAAUUUACGAUGCAAACAUUGUCGCACUUACUUAACACCUGUUAUCACACAGCAUGUUUAAACAUCAAGGGAGCAGCCAUUUGUGUUUUCAGGUAGGGACUGGAGAUCAGCAUUUUAUUUUUGAUGUUUAGUUGCGCAAUUAUUUUGAAUAAAUAGACGUAAUGAACUGUAUACUUUGGACACUUGUCUGAAAAAGGCACAUUAUUCGUUUCACUACAAUACAAGGCAUACGUAAAUGAUUUUUUGUCCAACCGAUCCGUGGAAGAAAAGGUCUCCAGCAACCCAUGCUUGCCGUGAAAGGCGACUAUACAUGUCGUAAAAGGCGACAAACAGGAUCGG